AUCACCUCCCAAAUAGGAGCCGGUCUCCAUGGCAACAGGCGGGAUUUGCCAGCUGGGAGGCAGAGUCAAUCGGUCCUCAGUUGGUAUCACCGCCCCAGCUUCCACACCGCAUCACGCCCCGAGUGGAAUGGAUGACCAGGACAAGAAAGACAAUGGGCAGUACGUCGGCGAGAUUAAAGGUGGAAUGCGGCCUUCAAUGAAACUGGUUGUCAUGGGAAUUAUUGAUAAAAAGCCCAAGAGCAUCGAGGUGACCGUGUCCUGCAAGCCUCAGGAGGAAGAGGCAGAGGCGGACGUGGGUCUGCAGCUGAAGGUCAGCUUCAUGGAUAAGGCUGUCCAACGUAACGCCCGUUUGGCUGGGAAGUGGGGUCCGUGUGAAAACACACUCUCUUUCUUCCCCUUUGCACCCGGAGAAGCCUUUAAGAUGGAGAUCGUCUGUGAACACCAGCAGUUCCGCAUCUUGGUGGACGGCCAGCCUCUGUGUGGCUUCAACCACCGGGUCUCCAAGCUCGCCUCCCUCACCGCCUUAAGAGUCUUCGGGGACCUACAGCUCACCAAGGUUGCCUAGCGCCGGCCUCUCGCUGACAGGAAGCUGAACUGAGGGUUCCCCCACGCCGCCGGGGGGACGGUACACACACCGCCAUUAGAUUAGAACUCUUUUUUUUCCAGUCGCCGUCAUCGGGAUGCUUCGCCGUUUUAGUUCGCCGACAAAGUUGCACCAGCCUCGUAAUCCUAUGUUGAGACAAAGUGCCUUCGCUAAGAUUACCUGACUGGAGACUUGAAGAUGCCGACUGAACGUAGCCACAGUCGUCUUGUGUCUUAAAUCGAAUGAGGAAUGUGCUUUUGAGUUGUUGUGAAUUGGAACGCGAUCCAAGGUUGGGCGAGAAAUGUUCGCGCCUUUGAAGCCACAGAAAAAGCAAGUUAAGAACUCUGGAUUAGUUUUUAUCCCUUCAGAAACGAAGGUUUCAGAAACCUGUCAUAGACGUUUCUGGAAAAAACCUUUGAAAGCUUUUCAUUUCCUAGAGGUUUUUUCUUUGUUUUUUUAAGUUGAAGACAUAGUGAAGAUUGUUAGUGCGUGCCCUGAAAGACACAGCACUGUAUUUGGAAUUCUCUCAGUUUACAUUGGAUUCAUUUUGUCCCACACAGUUGCAUUCAAAAUGGCGGCACGUUUUGAAACAUCAGCUGAGCUUAAAUUUGCUUUCAAAUCCAUACAACUGUGGAAGAACUGUAGUUUUUCUAGAAUCAGACUUUUUUUAAGCAAUGAUUUAUAUCACUGAAUUUUUACUCUGUGCAAUUAUAUAUAUAUAUAUAUAUAUAUAUAUUUUUUUUUAUUAUUAUUUUUUUUUUUUUAAUUUAUUUUAAUUUAUUUUUAUUUUUUUACUUUUAAUUUGCCAGCAAAAAUUUCACCUGCAGAAAUUUGCUGGCUUAAUUUUUAAGAGAGGCACCUGCUGUCCCUUCAUCAAUUUAAUUUUCGCCUCAGUCUGGUGCCGAUUGCUCCGGCCGUGGUCACCAGAGGGUCACCACAUUUUUUACAGGUAGAAUUUUAGCUGGCAAAUUUUUAAUUAAAAAAACAAAAUUCAUACACAUAAUUGCUCUGGGUACAAUGUCAUUGUUAUAAAUUCAACAUCUUAAAAUAGUCUUAUUCUAAUGAGACUAUCUCUUCCAUAUACGUGUAUCAGGAAUGCUGUGCUUUCGAUUCCAAAACCAAAAUGGGUCAAAUUUGCUAUGAAUCUAAAAUCUCUAAAAAAAAAAGAAAAGAAAAGAAAGAAAAAUAGAAAAUCUUGACAGUACAAAAUUGUGAAGCGUGACCAACACGGACUGAACAGUUUUGUUCACUUCCUCUGCUGCCAUUGAAGAACUACAACCCUACACAGGCACGCUGCAAUUGUAGAAAUUCAAUUGGAGAAAUCAAGCUCAAUGGGCGAAAUCCCCGACAAAGCUGGGAGGGAGAUGAGAAUCCAGUGUAGAAAUGACCAGGCUAGCAUACCGUUGAGCCACAGCUUCUGAGAACUGGUUCAAAUCUGCGUUGCACUGAGUGGGAAAUGUUUUAUUUUGCCUCACAAACAACAUGUUUAAUGUCAAUCCAUAAUGUUAUUCUUGAUUUUCUGUUAUUCAAGAUGCUGCUCGCUAACUAGCUUGUUUUCUUUAAUUGCCUUGUAAAACAUUUUUCCUCUUCCCAACUUUUUCAUCAAAGUGCACUGUUACUUUGAAUAAGGUCUUAAAUGGCCCAUUUUAUUCUGAUUGUCAUAGAUGAACGGACUGUAACCACUCGGUCCUUAAAUAAGAGCAAAAAGUUGUUUUUUAACAGAAUGAAUUGAACUCCACGCUUCUGUUGUUCAGAAUUAGCAACAUGAAUGUUUUCACUGUUUAUGCUUUUCUGACAUUUCUUUUGUUUUUCAUCUAGAGGGAAAUUUCCCACCAUUCACCUCGAUUGAUCUAGUUAGCGACGUUGGACUGCUGCUGUCUUCAGCACAACUGAAUACUGAGACUCGCACGCAAAUCAGCUUCGACAUUGAAAAAGCGUUCACGAAUUGUUCAAAGGUUUUUUUGUUGUUGUUGUUCUUUUGGCACCUUUCGCUGGAAUGUUUUAUAUUUUCAGUCACCGUAAUAAAAAUCUAAUCUGUUUGUUAUGUGUUUGUUCCGCUGUACUUUGCACGUAGGUAUGUCGUUUGGAUUUGACAUCAAAUCCGAGAUAUGACUUGGGUGUUGCGCCACUUUUGAUCUACAGCUGCUGCGUUUGAGUCACUCAGACAAAAGCCGGACUCAGCUUGCCGAGUGGGCGUGUCUGUCCGUGACACCUGGAAGCGCCUCAGGACACAAGUUUAGCGAUAACAACACAUACCUGCUGAUACUUUUCUUGUCCCUGCUUGCACAUUUUUUUUUGCUGACGGAGAAAUAUUUUGUCCGGGGAAAACAACCUCGAGAAGAGGAAGACUCAAGGAAUUUCCCCCAAGUUCAACUACAAGACUUUGUUUUUUUUUUUUAAAAAAAAAAAAAGGUGUUCCGGCAGGAAGCGGAGCCGUCGAGGUUAAGGCGUCGAUUUAUGCGAUUAAUGUAAAAAGUCUCAGCAUGUUAAAAUGAUGUAAUGCGGAUUAACGGCUUUACCUAUUUUGACCCGAACGCCUCUCGUCCGCGGAGGGUUACUCGGUUCAAAGCGGCGCGCUACACAGGCUUAGCACUGCGGUCAACAAUGCAGUGUUGCAAAUGUGAGCAAAAAGAGUAGCGAGGAAAGUCAAAGUGCUGUGCUCGAUGUCGAGUUUCGCUUUAAAAAAAAUCCAUCCCGAUGAACGUUUGGAUAAAACCAAGGUAGUAUAUACAUAUUACAACAAUGAAUUAUCCUUCCACCAAAGCACAGCCAGCUUAUAUUUAACAUUUCUGAAUGAACGUUUGAAACGUAUGAAAACCUUAAAAAAACAAACAAAAAAACAAAAAAACCUGAGAAUCUUCAGGCUAUUUUGGUUUGAAGCAAAAACAAACAAACACUUUCUUAAAUAUUGUUUUGAAAAUGCGCAUAUUUACAUUUCAGUCUUCCAAAGUUAAUCGAUUAAUCUGAUUGAAUCUUGAAUCAAUCAGAUUAAUCUGCCAAUCUUUUAAUCGACUGGCAGCACUACAUAAAACACAAAGGAAUUGAAUGUCUGUUUAAUGAUCAUACAAGAAAAUACAUGGCAAAAAAAACCCAAAACCAAUAUAAAAUCUUGUCUCCUAGUUCAAGUGGCCGAGAAAAUGUUUAAACUCGAGUUUAAUUCUGUAUUUAAGCUAACAGA